UCUUAUCUCAGACAAUUUUUGUUGAUGUUAGACUUCAGGUAUGUUUGAACACAAUUCUCAAGAUUUUUAAAGUUUUUUAUAAUUUUAUUAUUAAAUAUUAUUUGAACACAUAAAUAAUUCUCCCAAAUUCGCUCAUGAAACCCAUAAUUCACAGAUCCUUGGUCUCCCAGCCCAUAUGGAGGAUAAGCCUGAGGUUAGCUUGUAGUCAUGCGGUUGAAAUUCAGAAACAUGAUGCACAUACCCGUAAACUAGGAACCUCAGGAGUCCAACCUGCCCAUACAGUAGCUAUUCCUGAAUCAAUGUCAUUCCCAGUUGCUCUUCAGCUAUUUGAUGAAGUGUCUGACUUGGGUGUUAUAUCUGCCACGCACAUCAUUGGCCGCUUUGUUCGACAGCACCGCCAUGAAGAGGCCAUCUAUCUCUUCUCAAAAAUGCUUGUAUCAAACAUUACACCCAAUGAGUUCACGUUUGGCACCGUAACUCACUCAUCAACUCUGCUAGGAAACCUUAAUAUCGGCAAGCAAGUUCAUGCUUGUGCAAUGAAGAUUGGCCUUCACUCAAAUGUCUAUGUCGGUAGUGCACUUUUAGAUUUUUAUGCCAAGUUGAGUACCACCGAGGAAGCUCAAAGAGCUUUUGAAGAUACCUUUGAGCCAAAUGUGGUAUCUUACACAACUUUGAUCAGCAGCUACCUGAAAAAAGAGAGGAUUGAAGAUGCUUUCUCAGUUUUUCAAGAGAUGCCUGAGAGAAACAUUGUUUCAUGGAAUGCGAUGAUUGGAGGGUGUAGCCAAACAGGCCACAAUGAAGAGGCUGUGAAUCUUUUUGUUGAGAUGCUUAGAAAUGGAUUGUUGCCAGAUCAGUCGACUUUUCCUUGUGCAAUCAGUGCAGCAGCCAAUAUUGCCGCGCUUGGAAUGGGAAAAAGCUUUCAUGCUUGUGCUAUUAAGUGUUUGGGUAAGCUUAAUGUGUUUGUUGGCAAUUCGUUGAUUAGCUUUUAUGCUAAAUGUGGAACCAUGGAAGACAGUCUCUUGGUUUUCCAUAAAGUUUCUGAAAGAAAUAUUGUUUCUUGGAAUGCCGUGAUAUGCGGUUAUGCACAAAAUGGUGGAGGGGAGGAAGCCAUAAAAUUCUUUGAAAGCAUGAGGCUCGUAGGUUGUAGGCCUAAUAGUGUUACACUUCUUGGCAUCUUAUGGGCCUGCAAUCAUGCCGGCCUUGUUGAUGAGGGUUAUUCAUAUUUCAAUAAAGCAAUAGUUGAAGAUCCUAGCAUGCUAAAGCCUGAGCACUAUGCAUGUAUUGUUGACCUACUCUCCCGUUCAGGGCACUUUAGACAAGCUGAGGAGUUUCUUUGGGAUUUGCCCUUUGAUCCGGGAAUUGGGUUUUGGAAAGCAUUGCUUGGAGGCUGUCAGAUUCACUCGAAUGUAGAAUUGGGGCAGUUUGCAGCACAAAAAAUAUUGACUUUGUAUCCUGAAGAUGUGUCAUCAUAUGUAAUGCUGUCAAACGCACAUUCUGCAGCCGGUAGAUGGUCUUAUGUUUCAACAAUAAGAAGGGAGAUGAAAGAGAAAGGUAUGAAGAGGAUUCCAGGUAGCAGUUGGAUUGAAAUCAGAAGCCAGGUCCAUGUCUUUAUAACCGGAGACAGGAAUCAUCAUCAAAAGGAUGAAAUUUAUAUGGCCUUGCGGUUUUGUAUUGAGCAUUUAAGGGAUCUUGUCGAAUAUUCCAAUUUUCUUGAAGAUUCUUGAGUCUAUCUUUGGUAGAAAUGAUUAACAUUUAG